UCUUCCUCAGAAGUUGCAUAGCUGGUGAACCAUGGAGCUUCUUGUAAAUGUAAGGAAAUGGAUAGAAGAAAACAAAGAUGCCUUUUUGCCACCUGUGUGCAAUAAACUUAUGCAUCGCUAUCAAUUGAAUGUGAUGUUUGUUGGGGGGCCGAAUGAAAGGAAAGAUUAUCAUAUUGAGGAGGGAGAAGAGUUAUUUUACCAAGUGAAAGGAGAUAUGUGUUUGAAGAUAAUUGAAAAUGGGAACCACAGAGACAUUGUCAUCCGAGAAGGGGAGAUGUUUCUCCUUCCCGCUAGGAUCCCUCAUUCCCCUCAGCGAUAUGCAAACACCGUGGGUCUUGUCAUCGAGAGGGAAAGAUUGAAGACAGAAAUUGAUGGGCUCAGAUACUAUGUUGGAGAAUCAACUGAUGUCCUCUUUGAAAAAUGGUUUCACUGUGAAGAUCUUGGCACUCAACUUGCACCGAUAAUUCGAGAGUUUUUCAAUUCAAGACAGUAUCAAACUGGAAAACCAAAUCCAGAUGAGCUGCUGAAAGAAACACCUUUCCCACUCAAUCCCACUUCUGUUAUGGAGCCCUUUUCCUUUCAAAGCUGGUUAAAUGGUCAUCGUGGAGAAAUAAAGGAGAAGCAAUCCUUAAGUGUGUUUGAAGACACCUUUGAAACAGAGGUUAUAGUUUAUGGACCAGGAAUAACUGAAAACAGCAAAAAGAAUUCGGAUAUCUGGAUAUGGCAGCUGGAGGGCACAUCUGCUGUUACCAAGGGUGGCAAAACCCUGACUCUGGCUGCUGGAGACAGCCUGCUCGUCCGUGCCCAGUCUGCGUACUACUGGAAGAGAGCAGAAGGAUGUGUGGCUCUUUACAUUGCUCAGGACCCAAGGCGCAAGCAACCUUAUCCCUAGGCUGUUGUGCCAGAUGCACUUAGUGAUAGAAGAGUUAUAAGCUACUUGGUUCAUCUUAAUGAUCAGUCAGACUGCGCAGGAUUUGAACAAUCUAACAAAACAAUUACACUAGAAUUACGUGGAAUUGUGCUCAGCCCAGUUAAAACAUUAAAAAAUUUAAUGUGAGCUUCAACAAAACAUACCACUAUUUUGAUGAAGCAAAAUAAUUAUCCAAUUUUGUUAUCCAAAAACAAAUGAACAAUGGGUCCAAGUAACAAGAGUUAUACACCUGCUUACAGGCAAAUACACAUGACCCUAUAUAGAAUAGAUUAAAAGAUCUUUCAAAUGCAAGCCUGUGCUGCAAGAUGAAGAAAAGGAGAUGGGAGUAAUAUUAUUUCCCUAGAUUAUAAUUUAGUUACAUCACAGAAUUUAAAGAACCCUGUAUUCUAGUCACAUUGCAUCCCUGGUGCCUUCUGUAGCUUGGUCUUAACUUCUUUGUCUUAGUUUUGUCAUAUAUAAUAAAUUGGGCAUAACAUUAAUGAUUUAGUGCAUGGCUGGUGGGCUUGUCCACCAGCAAUUAAAAAAGGAAAAGAAAAAAAGAAAAGCAGAAAAAAAAAAAAGCCAGCAGUGAGCAUAAAUAGGAACAACUCUGCACUACUGUAUCUACUCGAGGUGACUUGGUACCAGCUAACCAAACCUGGCCAUGCAAAGUCAUUGACAGUCACCAGUGCCGUGGCACCCUCAGCAUGCUAAACGCCCUCGGUGUGGCACACUAUCCCAGCCUAAGGUAUUACAGCUGUAACACAAGCAUUCUGCUCGUGGUUUUCCAGCUGCAGAAAUUUCAUUUUAAAGUAGUCUAAAAAGCC